AUGCCCAGACCGCUUAUUCUCCUCGCCCUUUCAUUGCCCCCACGUAACGUGAAAGAAGUGGUCUGGCUCAAGGAUAGCAAGACAGCUCUACACAUUGCUGGUAAUGUUGAGGUAGUUGAUUAUCUGUUGAAUAGGGGUCUCCACAUUGAAAGUUGUGAUGAGAAUGGCUACACACCAUUUCUAGAGGCAUGUCGUCAUGAUCGUUUACCUGUAGUACAACAUCUCAUUCAAUCAAAGUGCAACGAAGCAGCAAAAACUACUAAUGGAGAGACAGCUCUACACGUUGCUGGUAAUGUUGAAGUUGUUGAUUAUUUAUUGAGCAUUGGUCUCAACGUUGAAGAUCGUGAUAAGGAUGGCUACACACCAUUUCUAAAGGAUGGAGAGACAGCUCUACACGUUGCUGGUAAUGUGGAGGUAGUUGAUUAUUUAUUGAGGAUUCGUCUCAACAUUGAAGAUCGUGAUAAGUGUGGCUUAACACCAUUUCUAGAGGCAUGUCUUCAUGGCAAUUAUGUUCGUUGUAUGUUUGCAUUCAUUGCAGAUGGAGAGACAGCUCUACACAUUGCUGGUAAUGUUGAAGUAGUUGCUUGUUUAUUGGAGAGUGGUCUCAACAUUGAAUAUCUUGAUGAGAAUGGCUACACACCAUUUCUAGAGGCAUGUCGUCAUGAUCGUUUACCUGUAGUACAAUGUCUCAUUCAAUCAAAGUGCAACAAAGCAGCAACAACUAAUAGUGGAGAGACAGCUCUACAUGUUGCUGGUAAUGUUGAAGUUGUUGAUUAUUUAUUGAACAUUGGUCUGAACAUUGAAGAUUGUGAUGAGGAUGGUUACACACCAUUUCUAAAGGCAUGUUGUGAUGGUCAUUUACCUGUAGUACAACGUCUCAUUCAAUCAAAGUGCAACAAAGCAGCAACAACUAAUGAUGGAUCAACAGCAUUACAUCUGAUCUGUUCACAUCUUGAUCUUAAGAAUGACCAUUUAUCAGUUGUGAAGCUGUUGACAUCAUUGAGAGUUGAUGUGUCAGCUAAGAACAAUGCUGGCAAAACUGCAAUGCAAGCAGGAGAAGGAUGGUUGCUGUCAGUUUUUGGCAGUCACAAAAAAAUUCUCUCUGCUAUCCUUUCCCAUCUGAAGGAAUUCAUUGAAAGCACUGUUGCAGUUGAACUUCCGAGUUGUACAAGCUCAACAGCAAUAGCAGCUACUGGUCAUCUCUCGUCACCAGUGACAGGAGGAAUGAGGACUACUACGCCCAUACUACGAUCUCCAACAGAAGUGGCAGAACAGGUAAAUGAGUUAGUCCAACAUCUGAUUCAACAAAUAGAGCAAGUGACACAAGACGGUUUAGCAAAAGAUAGGCAAAUGGUUGAUUUGAGACAACAAAUCACAGAUCUACAGAAGGCACUGAGAGAUGAGCAGUUGCAGAGAGAACAGGUAGUUGCUGGAGAAAGAAGGGAGAAAGAGCAUGCAGUUGCUAGAGAAAGACAGGAGAAAGAGCAUGCAGUUGCUAGAGAAAGACAGGAGACAGAGCAUGCAGUUGCUAGAGAAAGACAGGAGAAAGAACAGGCAGUUGCUAGAGAAAGAAGAGAGAAAGAAGAGCUACAACAACGAUUACAACGAGAGCAAGAAGAAAAACACGAUGUUCAGAAUGAUCUUGAUGAAGCUCGACAACAAAUUGAGCAAUUGAGUGUGGAGAAGGAAAAUGUUCAGCAAUUACUAAAUGAAGCAGAAAUAGAAAAAGGUAACGUUGUAGAGCUGCUUUCAGAUGCCGAUGCUGCAAUUGAACGAUACAAGCAAGAACGAGAAAACGAAGUUUUUAAGAUUCCUUCACGUGACAUUCAAUUGACUGGCACAGAACUAGGACGUGGAUCAUAUGGAGCUGUUUAUGUUGGAUAUUGGGAUGGGUGUCCUGUUGCUGUCAAAUGUUUGUAUGAUGAUUUGGCUGAUGUUGAACGAUAUGUUCAACCUGUGCAACAAGAAGCAUCUGUUGCAUGGAAGAUACAUCAUCCCAACAUUGCUGCUGUUUGUGGUGUCACUCUGGAGAAAGAAGUCAAGAAGGCGUGGGUCAUCAUGGAGUUACAGAGCGGCUCCGUUUCUAGCGUGAUGGAUGCAUGUCAGCGAGAUGCUGCACCUCUCACUGUACGAGAAAAAGUUGACAUGGCACAUGAUUCUUUGUGUGGACUGGAUCACAUUCACUCCAUGCAACCCAUGGAGAUUCUCCACGGUAACAUCUGCCCAAGGAACAUCCUGGUAACUGCAACGAUGAGAGCCAAACUGGGUGAUCUAGGAGCCGCUCGUUUUCAAGAUGCUUCGCUUUCAGCGGGCCUUCUCAGUCUAGAAUACACAGCAAAGGAAAGACUUGAUGCUCCAACUCUACCAAAACGCAAGGAGACUGACAUGUACAGUCUGGGAGUGACACUAUGUGAGCUGUUCACUGCUGUUACUCCAGACCGUAGAAAAAGAAUGGAUCAAGUCUUACUCGUCCGUCAGCUAAAUGUCCGUUCCUUAUGUAAGCACUUGAUGAGAGAUAAUCCUGCCACACGACCAACAGCAGCUGAAGCUCGCAGAAUCAUUAGUUGUAUUCGGGAUACAGACGAAUAUACAGCAUGUCCUCCUAAACGAAUGGUAAAGGGUAAGAUGGAUGGAGUGGCUGAUGUCACUCUUGUUCAUCCCAAUUGGUGAUGUUGACAUGUCAUCGAACCAUGUGGUUGUUUUAUGUUUUUACUUGAUAUCAUUUCUGUGUUUGUAGAAAAGAUUUCCUUAGCAAUAGCAAUGAGCUUAGCUCUGGUUUUGCACGUUGUAUUCUCAAAUUGAGCAGACAAUGUCGAACUAGCAUUUUUCAGUAUUGAUAUUGCUAAUUGGAAGGUUUGAUGUAAUACACUUUGUCUACUGCA